UUGUACAUCUGUACAGUAACAAUGACGCGCGUUUUAAGUCAGAGAAGAAAAACUCAGCCAGUAAGAAGCGGAAGAGCUGCGCAUGAGCGUUGUGCAACAUGGAGGUGUCGGUGAGCGCUUUGGGCCGCAGAGGUUCUACCUGCGUGUUUCCGGUCGGUUCUGUGGUUAGGCACGUCCUGGACCGGCUCGUGCCGCUUCCGGAGGAUUUCUACGUCACCAGAGAUGGGCGCCGGGCACACCUGGACGAUCCUCUGGAGCAUGGAGCCGUCUAUCAUCUGGAGCUCCGCCUCCUUGGAGGGAAAGGAGGGUUCGGUUCAAUGCUGCGCGCGCUCGGCGCUCAGAUUGAAAAGACGACCAAUCGAGAGGCCUGCAGGGACCUCAGUGGGCGGAGACUCAGAGACGUCAACCACGAGAAAGAGAUGGCAGACUGGCUGAAGAAGCAAGCGGAGCGCGAGGCAGAGAAGGAGCAGCGGCGUCUGGAGCGCUUGCAGAGGAAGCUCAAUGAGCCCAAACACCAGUUCACCGACGCAGAGUACCAGCAGCAGUGCCACGACCUGUCCGAGCGACUCGAGGACUCGGUGCUCAGAGGUCUGCAGGCUUCCUCCAGCAGCCAGGUGAAGGUGGACGACAUGUGCGGCGCCAAGAGGCUGAACUGUGAUCAGAGUGAGCAGCCUGCGAAGAAGAAGACGAAGACAGCAGGAGGAGGGGGGUGCUUCUGGACGGGGCUGGAGGAGAUGGACGAGCUGAUGAGCUCAGAUGAUGACGAGGCCCCGUCCACAUCCAGCGGUGAAACUGCUGCUGCCGUCGUUACCAUGACAACACGAAGAGAGGCAGAGGAGGGUAGCAGUGGAAGCACCAGAACCACACAGAUCCCCAAGGAGACCUCCAGGGACCAGACUGAGACACCGUCAGAGGACCGGGACCCUGAGGAGACCUCCACGGACCAGACUGGGACACCGUCAGAGGACCAGGACCCUGAGGAGACCUCCAGGGACCAGACUGAGACGGUUUCAGAGGACCGGGACCCUGAGGAGACCUCCAGAGACCAGACUGGGACACCGUCAGAGGACCUAUGUUCGAGCAGUCAAAUGUUGCGAUCAUUAACUCUUGUUGUUCUUCAGCAGCUGGAUUUGCUCUCGGCGGCGUCUGUCGAGCAGCUGGAGUCUCUGGGUUUGGACGUCUUGAAAAAAGAACUGAUGUCUCGUGGGUUGAAGUGUGGGGGAACGCUGUCGGAGCGCGCUGCUCGACUCUUCGCCAUCAGAGGACUGAGUGCAGAUGAGAUCGACCCGCUGCUGCUCGCCAAACCGACAAAGCCCAAGAAGAAGAAAUGAGAUGGAACGCUGAAAGCGGAGUGUUCAGCGUUCCGUUGGGUGCGAGAAUAUUAAUCACAAACAACAUUUACUCUUUCCUGAUGAACUUCCUGAUUGGUUCAGACAAUCACACGUAUAUUUUAUUAGAGGUUCUGUCCAGUCAGAAAGCAGGAUGUUCACACACGUCUGUGCUUCAGUUUGAAUUUAACCACUUCCUGUUCAGUUUUCAAUAAACGUCUGAAACUAAACAUCA